AUGUCUUUUGAAAACGUUCACGAUAUUAGCGUAGUUAAUUUCUUUUUAGUUGUAGUUUGUGCUAUUGCCACAUCAUCUAUUGCAGAAUUUGCUACUUGGUUAAUUGUUUACAGAAGAGAUGAAUAUAAGACUCUCAAGUAAAAUAUAGAAAACUCCCAAAAUAAGUUGAACAAAGCUUAAGAAGUCUACCUAACUUUCUCUCAAUAAGCUGCUCACGAUAAAAAAUUAGCAACAAUUGAUACUGCAUUAAAGCGUUUCAACUAAGAAAUGAGCUCUUUCAAGAUGAAGUCAACAUUCCUUAUUGCAAUUUUCAUGAUUGGUGCUUUAUAUACCAUUGGAUCAUUAUUUUCUGGAUUGAUUGUCGCCAAGCUCCCUUUCGCUCCUAUUUCCUUCAUUACUGGAUUAACCCAUAGAGGUCUUUCUGGUGAAGAUUUCUCUGAUUGCGCUUAUAUUUUCAUCUACGUUCAAGUUGCUUACAUUUGGAGAACUAACAUCUAAAAAUUAUUCGGAUUUGAAGCUCCAAAGUCUCCUAUGGCUUCUCCUUGGGGUCAACCACCUUAAUGGGGAAAGUGA